AUGAGAGGCAUCUUUGCUCUCUCGCUCGCAGCUUGCGCUGCAGCGGCCCCAAGGGUCUCGUUUGAGACCAUCCAUGGCGAUGCCGCGCCCAUUCUCUCUUCCUCGAACGCCGAGCACAUCCCCAACUCGUACAUCGUUAAGUUCAAGAAGCAUGUGUCGGAUGACUCAGCUUCGGCACACCACAGCUGGAUCCAGGAGAUUCACACAUCACGCGAGUCAGAACGUGCCGAUCUCAAGAAGCGGGGACAGAUCCCGCUUGUGGAUGAUGUGUUCCGUGGUCUGAAGCACACAUACAAGAUUGGCCAGGAGUUCAUGGGCUACUCGGGCCAUUUCGACGACGAGGUCAUCGAGCAGGUUCGGAGGCAUCCCGAUGUCGAGUACAUUGAGCGCGAUAGCAUCGUCCACACGAUGCGUGUUACGGAGGUGGAGGAGAGCAAGUGUGACAGCGAGCUCGAGAAGGCCGCGCCGUGGGGGUUGGCCCGUAUCUCCCACCGUGACACAUUGAGCUUCUCUACUUUCAACAAGUACCUCUUCGCUGCCGAGGGCGGUGAGGGCGUUGAUGCCUACGUCAUCGACACCGGCACGAACAUUGAACACGUCGACUUUGAGGGUCGUGCCAAGUGGGGCAAGACGAUUCCCUCUGGGGAUGCUGACAUUGACGGCAACGGCCAUGGCACCCACUGCUCCGGCACCAUUGCGGGCAAGAAGUAUGGCGUUGCGAAGAAGGCCAAUGUCUAUGCUGUUAAGGUGCUCCGGUCGAACGGCUCGGGCACCAUGGCCGAUGUCGUCGCUGGUGUGGAGUGGGCGGCCAAGUCGCAUAUUGAGCAAGUCAAGGCUGCCAAGGCAGGCAAGCGCAAGGGCUUCAAGGGUUCUGUCGCCAACAUGUCUCUUGGCGGUGGCAAGACCAAGGCCCUCGACGACACCGUGAAUGCUGCCGUCUCCGUGGGCAUUCACUUCGCCGUUGCUGCCGGCAAUGACAAUGCUGAUGCCUGCAACUAUUCGCCCGCUGCCGCCGCCAAGGCCGUCACGGUCGGCGCUUCAGCCAUUGAUGACAGCCGUGCCUACUUCUCCAACUACGGCAAGUGCACUGACAUCUUCGCCCCGGGCUUGAGCAUCCUCUCGACCUGGAUCGGCAGCAAGUACGCCACCAACACCAUUUCGGGCACCUCGAUGGCGUCGCCCCAUAUCUGCGGUCUUUUGGCCUACUACUUGUCUCUCCAGCCUGCCAGCGACUCUGAGUACUCGGUUGCGCCCAUCACUCCUGAGAAGAUGAAGUCCAACCUCAUCAAGAUUGCCACCGAGGGCGCGCUCACCGACAUGCCCAAGGACACCCCUAACCUCCUCGCCUGGAACGGCGGCGGCUGCAACAACUACACUGCCAUCGUCGAGGCUGGCGGCUACAAGGUUGAGCGCAAGAACAAGGCUAACAAGGUUGCCAUUGAUACCUCGGUGUCGGAGCUCGAGAAGCUCAUUGAGCACGAUUUUGAAGUCGUUUCGGGCAAGGUUGUCAAGGGUGCGGCGUCGUUUGCCGACAAGAUCGAGGAGUUCUCUAAGAAGAUUCACGAUCUGGUUGACGAGGAACUCAAGGAGUUCUUGGAUGAGAUCGCUGCCUAA